GGCUGUGUGCGGCGGCGGCGGCGGCGGCGGCCGAGGGGGAUGGAGCGAGCGCCGAGCCGGGUCAGAGUUGAACAAUGACCAUAGUUGACAAAGCUUCUGAAUCCUCAGACCCGUCAGCCUAUCAGAACCAGCCUGGCAGUUCGGAGGCAGUCUCACCUGGAGACAUGGAUGCGGGGUCUGCCAGCUGGGCUGCUGUGUCUUCACUAAAUGAUGUUUCGAAUCACACACUUUCUUUAGGACCAGUACCUGGUGCUGUAGUGUAUUCAAGUUCAUCUGUACCUGAUAAAUCAAAACCAUCACCACAAAAGGAUCAAGCCCUAGGUGAUGGCAUUGCUCCUCCACAAAAAGUUCUUUUCCCAUCUGAGAAGAUUUGUCUUAAGUGGCAGCAAACGCAUAGAGUUGGAGCGGGGCUCCAGAAUUUGGGCAAUACCUGUUUUGCCAACGCAGCAUUGCAGUGCUUAACUUACACGCCACCCCUCGCCAAUUACAUGCUGUCACACGAACACUCCAAGACAUGUCAUGCAGAAGGGUUUUGUAUGAUGUGUACAAUGCAAGCACAUAUUACCCAGGCACUCAGCAAUCCCGGGGAUGUUAUUAAACCGAUGUUUGUCAUUAAUGAGAUGCGGCGUAUAGCCAGGCACUUCCGUUUUGGAAACCAAGAAGAUGCCCAUGAAUUCCUUCAAUACACUGUUGAUGCUAUGCAAAAAGCCUGCUUGAACGGCAGCAAUAAAUUAGACAGACACACCCAGGCUACCACGCUCGUUUGUCAGAUAUUUGGAGGAUACCUACGAUCUAGAGUCAAAUGUUUAAAUUGCAAAGGCGUUUCAGAUACUUUUGAUCCAUAUCUUGAUAUAACAUUGGAGAUAAAGGCUGCCCAGAGUGUGAACAAGGCGCUGGAGCAGUUUGUGAAGCCGGAGCAGCUGGACGGGGAGAACUCGUACAAGUGCAGCAAAUGUAAAAAGAUGGUUCCAGCUUCAAAGAGAUUCACCAUACACCGAUCCUCCAAUGUUCUUACACUUUCUCUGAAACGCUUUGCAAAUUUUACUGGUGGAAAAAUUGCUAAGGAUGUGAAAUACCCUGAGUAUCUUGAUAUUCGACCAUACAUGUCUCAACCAAACGGAGAGCCGAUUAUUUAUGUUUUGUAUGCGGUCCUGGUACACACGGGCUUUAACUGCCAUGCUGGCCAUUACUUCUGCUACAUAAAGGCUAGCAACGGCCUCUGGUAUCAGAUGAAUGACUCCAUCGUAUCUACCAGUGAUAUCAGAUCGGUACUCAGUCAACAAGCGUAUGUUCUCUUUUAUAUCAGGUCCCACGAUGUGAAAAACGGAGGCGAACUUCCUCAUUCCGCCCACAGCCCCGGCCAGUCCUCCCCGCGGCCAGUGAUCGGCCAGCGCGUCGUCAACAGCAAGCAGGCCGCGGCAGGGUUUAUCGGGCCACAGCUCCCUUCUCACAUGAUAAAGAGCCCACCUCACCUGAACGGGACCGGGCCGCUGAAAGAAGCGCCAAGCAGUUCCCUGUCAAGUCCUAACGGAAACUCCAAUGUCAGCAGGGCGGGCCCUGUUAACGCUUCGACCUCUGUUCAAAGCUGGGCAGUUAACAGGGCCUCAGUCAUUCCGGAACAUCCCAAGAAACAAAAAAUCACGAUCAGUAUUCACAACAAGUUCCCCGUUCGCCAAGGUCAGCCGCAGCCCAGCCUCCACAGCAAUUCCUUGGAGAGCCCUGCCAAGCCCGCCCCCUCUUCUACCAUUACCAAUUCUUCUGCAGUACAGUCUACCUCGAGUGCACCUGCCGCGUCAGUGCCCCGCCAGGGCCCACUGCCGACGGCCCCGAGUGAGCCCUGCUCCAAGCCCGUGGUGAAUGGCAAGUCGAAGCUGAACUCCAGCGUGCUGGUCCCCUACGGCGCCGAGUCGUCGGAAGAGUCUGACGAGGAGGCCAAGGGCCUGGGCAGGGAGAACGGCCUGGGCCCUGUGGAGAGCGCGAACACCCCCGCUCAGGACGCUGAGGAGGACGAGGCCUCCCCGCACGAGCUUCGAGAACCCGUUACCCUAAAUGGUGCUAACAACAGUACAGACAGCGACCCGAAAGAAAACGGUCUGUCCUUUGAGGGUGCCAGUUGCCAAGCCCAGCCUGCUCUGCACUCAGAAAAUCCCUUUUCCAAGGCAAACGGCCUACCUGGAAAGUUGAUGCCUGCUCCUUUGCCACCUCUCCCGGAAGACAAAAUCUUAGAGACCUUCAAACUCAGCAACAAAGGAAAAGGCUCAACAGAGGAAGCAAGCGCAACUGGAACAGGGGGAAGCCCGACGGAGCGCCCUGAGGCAGGACCGGCACCCAGCAGUCCCUCUCCUGACUCCCGGGAGACACUGGAGGCGGCCCCAAGCCCCGGCGUCAAGUUAAAGAAGGCUCUGCCGCUCUUAGACCCCAGCGUCAAAUCUACCAAAGAGGACGUCUCCGAAAACAUUUCAGCAAGACCUGAGGAGUCCGUGCCCAGUAUCGACCAUCUUUGUAAUGCCAGCAAGAACGCCACUGGGGACGAUCACCUUUCCAAACUGUGUGACUCCGAGAACCUAACAGGUGAUCAGAGCAAAGCAUCCCAUGAUGUAACAGGGACAUUACCAGAGAGUCCCCGGGACUUGGCAGCAGUGGAAGCCACGGGGAGGCCGAGCCUGAGCCCCUCGGUACCUGCUGAGGGCGACGGUGAGCGGGAGCCCUCAGUUUACAGCGGCCGGGACACGGGCGCAGAAGCGGCAGCCACAUCCAGCAGCACAGGGGCGCCGGCUGACGAGCGGCCCCCUCCUCAACUGGAUAAGGUCACAGAAAACCAUUUAGAAGGGGGAGGGGUUCCCGAGCAAAGUCCCGGGGACCAGCGUGAGGAAAGCAAGGCUGGGCAGAGAGUCCAGGAUCGUUCUCCACUUAAGGAAAAAAUCAGCAGCCUCCGAAAAGUUGACCGAGGACAUUACCGCAACCGGAGAGACCGCUCCUCCAGCGGGGAGCGCCCGCGGGACAGCAGGAGCAAGACGGAGGACCACUACCACCGGAGGCGGCACCCCUGUGCACGGGAGCGGGCCCUGCAGGGCCGCUUCAGGCCGGAGCGCUGCGGUGGGGGCCCGCACCACCCCUGCCAGCACCGCGGCCCCGCCAGGCACCGCCACCACCGCCCCCGCAGCAGAGGCCGGUCCGACCAGGACUGGAGCAGGUACCGCCACGCGGAGGGCGAGCACGCCUGGGGCCGGGAGAAGCACUACCCAGACAAGAGGCGGUGGGACAGAUGCAGGUACUACCAUGACAGGUACGCCCCCUACACGGCAAGGGAGGCGUGGGAGUGGAGGCCUGUGCACGGCGACCGCGACUGUGACCGCGUGGGUCAGCACGGCGGCCAGCCGCACAAGGACUACUAUGGGGGCAGAAAGGGCUACGAGCUGGGAGCCAAAGAGAGGGAGCGGCACCACUUCAGCGGCCCCCGGGCGGGCCCGCCCCACGCGCUGCCCCCCUGCCCCGAGCGGCGCUCCCACGAGAAGAUCCCACUGGGGCCUGAAGGCAGCGGCUGUCCCCUCGCCGAUCAGUUUCAUGAACACAAAAAUGCAAAGUCACGAAAACGGAGGUACGAUAGUAUAGAACAUAAUGACACGUAUGCAGAAAAAAAAGCCUGGAGAAGCUUACAAAGGGACCUUUUAGAAGAACCGAAAGUGAAGAAGCACAAAAAAUCAAAGAAGAAAAAGAAAUCCAAAGACAAACACCGGGAGCGAGAUCCCAGGCACCGGCAGGGCUCGGACCUCUCCGGCGCGUGCUCCGACACGGACCUCCACAGACACAGAAAAAAGAAGAAGAAAAAGAAGAGACACUCGAGGAAACCUGAGGACUUUGGGAAAGACGCAGGGCCGCACUUAGCCAGGGCCGCCAGCUCGGAGACCGGCGGCCGUUGCCGGAGGACUGAGGGGCCCCCCCUCGUCGACAGCCUGCCUCUGGAAGGUGUGGGGCCCUUCCGUGAGAAAACGAGACAGUUCCGGAUGGAAAGCAGGGGCGACAGGUGCCAUCUGUCGCAGUGUGGCCAGGGUGACUGAAAGCUCGGCCUCAAAACCAAGAAGUCACUAGUCCCGAUUCAACAUGUUCAACAGAAGCCAUCCCCAACCCAGCUUAAAUUAUAAAUAGAGAAAAUAACCUUGUUCAAAUCUGCGUGGUGCUUCUUUAGUAAAUACUGUACAGAUUUUACCAUGGACAACUUUUUUUUUAGUUUUUACCUUUUCUUAAUUACCCUUAUUCCAAAUGGACGAACACUUUCUACAACUGCUGAGCAUUGUAAAAUACCGUGUAUAUAAAUCACAUUGAAAAUAACGCCCUGGACUAGAACAUCUCAAAUGCUGCUUAAUCCCAGACUCAGGUCGAUCACUGUAUCCCACGUGAUGCUCCUCCAAGUCAGACAGCCGGUGCGAGACCAGCCGGGAAGCCAGCGCUGUUACACGUACAAGCAACUGACAGCAUGUGUAUUUAAUUUAAAGACUUAUUUAAAGCUUCACCAGCUCUCAACUAGACUUUUGAGAGCAGUCUGUUUUCUGUAAUGUCUGAUACUAGAAACUAAUUUGCUUCAUAUUUUAGUUGUAUUCAAGAUUUGAAGGUGUAUUUUAUAGACAAGUUCUGUUUUUGAACUUUGUGGAACUAUUCCAAUCAAUUUACCAGUUAUGAUGAGUAUUUACAUUAUGAAUGUAUAACCCAAACAUUAUUUGUAAAGCCUACAGUACGUUUUUUAUUACAUAACACUUUUUUAUACAGUGUCUCUUGUCUUGACUAUGAUAUUGGAGUCUGAGUUGUCAGCUUGGUCCCUUAAAAGUUUCUAGUUACAGACAAAAUCAUACUGUGAUUUUA